CUUAACAUUUCUGGUGAAUCUCAAGCAUAUUCUCUAUUUCAAUCCUGAGAGAAUUUGAUCAUUGAGGUUACUUGAAAAAGCCAAAAAGGCAGCAUGGCCAAGAUGCAUAGCUCUUGCUAUGCUGUUUGCCUUUUGGCUUCCAUGAUAGUUAAUGUCUUGCUUAUGACGCAACAGAACAAGGUCCGGAAUCAGCUGACUUGGAGCCAAAACGCUGCAGCAGAAGCUGAAUCUGUGGCAUCGAUUUCAUGUUCUGGCAAUGGAAGAGCCUAUGUUGAUGGAUUGGUUGUUGAUGGAAAACCAGUUUGUGAGUGCAACUCAUGCUUUCAGGGACCUGACUGCUCUCAAUUCAUAACUGACUGCCCUGCUGAUGCUGAUAGUGGAGAUCCUUUGUUUCUAGAGCCCUAUUGGAUGCGACAUGCUGCAAGUAGUGCCCUCUUAGUUGCAGGAUGGCAUCGAAUGAGCUAUACGUUUUCGGACCAUACAAGUAUCUCGCAGGUUCUUGAUCAACACAUCCGCACACUACAUGCAGCUGCCAAAAAUGCUAUUACAGAUGGAAAAUACAUCGUCUUUGGUGCUGGUUCAACUCAACUUCUCAAUGCUGCGGUUUUUGCUCUUUCCUCUCGAAACUCAUCUUCUCGCACAAGAGUUGUGGCAUCUACACCUUAUUAUCCGCUUUACCAAAAACAAACAGAUUACUUCGAAACUCUUCAUUUUGAGUUUGGUGGUGAUGUAUCCUCGCUCAAAAAGAAUUCAGAUGCUUUGGAUAUCAUCGAGUUUGUAACUUCACCAAAUAAUCCAGAUGGUCAGUUGAAGAAAGCGGUUCUGCAAGGCCCUACUGUCAAGGCUGUCUAUGAUCAUGCCUAUUAUUGGCCGCCUUUUACAGCGAUUCCAUCUCCAGCAGAUGAAGAUGUCAUGAUCUUCACAAUUUCUAAGCUCACUGGCCAUGCUGGAAGUAGAUUUGGAUGGGCAGUAAUAAAGGACAAGGAUGUUUAUGAAGGAAUGUCAGCAUACAUAAGCCUGGCCGAGAUGGGCCUCUCAAGGGAUACUCAAUUGAGAGCUUUGAAGCUCCUAAAAGCACUACUUGAAGAUGAUGGCAAAGAAAUUUUUUAUUUUGGAUACAGAAGAAUGAUGGAUCGCUGGAAAAGGUUAAACCAGGUUAUAUCAUUGUCAAAGCAUUUCAGCCUUCAAGAGAUCUCCCCUCAAUACUGCAAUUAUCUUGACAGAGUCAGAGAACCAUCUCCAGCUUAUGCAUGGCUGAAAUGUGAAAGAGAAGAAGAUACGAAUUGUACUAAAGUCCUCAACGCAGCAAAUAUCAUUGGUCGCAAAGGUAGAGUUUUCAAUGUUGGAACCCGCCAUGUUCGCCUUUCCCUUCUCAAGAGACAAGGUGAUUUUGAGUUGCUGUUAUACAGAUUGAACGAACUAGUCAAGAAAGAAUAUGAUGCACACCAGGCUAUGUGAUUAGUGAAGGUUUUGAUCAAUAGUCGGUUGACUAUAAACUCAACAAAAAUCAUAAUUUGUGAGUAAUAAAUCAGAUAAAACUCUUGCCUGAAAUAAAGAUGAUCAGGAAUUUAUUUGCCUGAAACCAACAACACAAGACACUUUUGUCUAUUUGGGGUUCAGGAUUUGAUUCCAAUUUGUCCAGUUGAAUAUUCCCAAUCCUCAUGUGUACGUACCUAUAUCAAAUUAUUUUUCUAAGUUUUUUUAGUUUAAUACAAUUCUUGUGGCAUUCAUUUUUUAUAACUAAA